AUGGCUGAGCUUUGGAGACGCGGGGGCCGGUGGGUGCGCGCGUGUCCCCGCGCGGAGGAGGGACGAAGGCGGCCCGUGCGCGCGCGGGUGGAUCUCCAGACCUGUUAUUUACGCCUUUCCAUUGGAAAUCUCGCUAUUUAUACGCGCCGACCUCGCCCAGCCCCCCGCGCGCCGCCUGUCUGGAGCAAUUACGGGUGUCUCGGCUCCGAGGCGGACGCACGCAGGGACCGCGGUGUCUCCCCCACCCUCCCCAAGGCCGGCAAUUGGGAUUCUUGUCAUUUCAUCACCGUUUGGCGUCCGCUCAAAGAGGUGCAAAGAGGGGAGGAGCGCAGAGCCCGGCGCCUGGACCUUUCCAAGAACCGCCCCCCACCCACCCACCUUUCCAAAGGCGGAGAGGGAGAGGGGACCGGGGCGCGCAGGGACCCCGGAUUUGGGAAGUUGGAGGCUGCUGCGCGCGUUUCCAUGGAGGGAUGGAGACCCCGGCGGAGGCCCCGUCGCAACACGGGGAGCGCGGGUGACAUGGAAAGCGCCCGAAGGACCCCAACUCCAAGUGAGAAGAAGGAACGGGCCCGGUGUCCCCAAAGCUGGACCCGAGCGCUGAGGAUCCGCGCGGCCGCCUCCCGGGUCUGCAGCGCCCGCAGAAAGGAGCUCGGAUCCCCGGGAGGAGAGUUUCGUGCAGACCGGGUCGUUUCUACCAGACCCCGGCAGACCCCGGAUCGAGGCCGCCGCCCCCCACUUAGCGCCGCGCUGACACCCCGGCGUGUAGGAUAUUUAUUGGGGAGCACAUUUUAUAUAUAUAUACUUGGUGUUUUCGGCUUUCCUGGCGGGGUGACCCUGCAGUGGAAGCCGGGGUUCGCCUCCGCGAGCUGAAAUUCCUUUUCCAAG